CAGUUGCGAAGUUUUAUAGGCUAGGUAUCCCUUUUUCAAUCUAAUCAUAGAGGAGUCGUUCGCUUUCUACCAGAACACUAGCAACAAGCUAGAUUGCUCAUCUUAAGAUGGGCUCAUUAAUAUCUCUUUUUAACUCAGAAGACAAGAACAACGUUGGUUUUUUUUUUGACAUUGAAAAUGCUGAACCUACCGAGGGUAAAGAGAAAAUAAUCUAUGAGCAAUCUAGUGAAGUUUUGAAUCGCGGAAAUGCUAUUCUGGACAGUAUAAAAAAUUAUGUUACAUGCGAAGAAGCUGUUAGAAAGGCUAUCAGUUCACCGUCACCAGAGACAGAAAGAGCAGCUCUUACAGCAAUUUUUCCGGCAGUAGCAUUGAUGAAAGAUUAUUAUAAUUAUUCACAAGAGUUAAAAACAACUUUUAUAUCACUAAUUACAGCUUUAAUGGCAGAAGAUAACCAAGAACAAGCUAUCAUUACACAAGAGGCACUAGUCAAGCAGCUUAUAAAUACGUUCAACUUUGUCUUACAAUGGGAUGAUGCAAAGAUGCUCAAUCCUGGUAUUCAAAAUGAUUUUUCUUAUUAUCGUCGAUCUCUCGCACGUAUGAACAAAGAUUACACCGAAGAAAUUGUCGUCAAAGACGAACUUGCCAAUAUCAUGUCGCUCUUUUUCGCUUCUCCAACGCCUAUGAUGAACAAUCUCACUACUGCAGUCACCCAGUUCCUAGAAAAUGAAGCUGCAAGUUUCAAUAUCACCAGAGAAAGCGUCGUCAACGGAUUUUCAGCGAUCGCCAAUGUCUGCCAUGAUACUGUCGCUAAACAUAGGUUUCAAUCUUUAGAUACAAAUCUUGCAUGUCUUAGGUCUAUGACAGGUUGCAUUAUUUUGGUCGAUCGAUUACAUAAACCAGGCGCAUUUUAUAAAAAAUCACCUAUCAACAUCAAAGGGUGCAUUUUAGUCCUCAAAUCUUAUAGUAGUAAGGGCGCAGCUGGCCUUAUCAACGCUCUUCGUUGGAAUACAAUUCACUUACAAGACCCAGAAACGCCGACUGCAAUCAAAAAUUUACUGGCCUAGAUUUAACUAUUUUUUUGCAAGAGAAGUAUUUGCAUUAGAAUAUUCAACCUAUAAAUAUAUUUUAUAUAUUACUAGUUAUUGCUCGACGGCAUAUAGAGAACUUGCAUUGAUUUUGGUAUGAGAAAAGGAACUGAUUAAGUGAAUUAUCUAUCUUAUAUCAUGUGAAACAAGGUAAAAAUUUAUGAAUGUUUGGUCGAGGAGAUAAAAAACUAGAUAAAAAUGGCAGUUUCGACAUCAGGUAAAUAGCAAAUAUGAAAAAACAGUGUAAUUUAAUCGUACAUUUUUCUAAA